UUUAAUUUAAAUAUAUUCUUUUUCUUAACACUGCUAGUCAUUGAAAGCUGCAGUUGUUGCUAUGGGGGGGGCGUCCCCAUGGUUACUGUUGUUUACCCAGAAUGCUUAACGGACAUGCUAACAGCUCGGAGAUAUGAUAAAUCUUGAGAUUUCAGUCUUUAGAAGAAACAUCCUUCAAGCACAAGAUGGAUAAAGAGCAGCGGAAUAUUGUCGUGUUUAAUUCGUCCAAAAGAGAGCAGUUUAGUGCCAACACCGGCUACAAGAGUCUUCAGAAGAGACUGAGGACGCAAUGGAAGAUCCAAGGCAUCAAAGAGGAGAUCACAGCCGAGAAACUGCAUGGUGUGAAGCUGUGGAUCACCGCAGGUCCUCGAGAGAAGUUCACAGAAGCAGAGCUGCAAGUCCUGAAGCAGUAUCUGGAAGGUGGCGGGAACGUCCUGGCCAUGCUCGGAGAAGGAGGGGAAGUGAAAUACGACACGAACAUCAACUUCCUCCUGGAGGAGUUUGGUAUCAUGGUGAACAGCGAUGCCGUAGUGAGAAACGUUUACUACAAAUACUUCCAUCCCAAAGAAGCACUCGUGUCUAACGGGGUUCUCAACAGGGAGAUCAGCCGUGCAGCCGGGAAAGUGGUAACGGGAGUCAUUGAUGAUGAAGGUCCGGGGAACAAUACACAGGCUCUCACGUUUGUGUACCCGUAUGGAGCUACGCUAAAUGUUAUGAGGCCUGCGGUUGCGGCUCUGUCCACCGGUUCUGUGUGCUUCCCUCUCAACAGACCCGUUCUGGCCUUCUCCAAGGUCGAGAAGAAUGCAGGGAAGCUGGCAGUGCUGGGCUCAUGUCACAUGUUCAGCGAUCAAUACCUGGACAAGGAGGAGAACAGUAAAAUAAUAGACGUCGUGUUCCAGUGGCUGACGACUGACAACAUUCAUCUGAAUCAAAUCGAUGCAGACGAUCCUGAGAUCACAGAUUACACCAUGCUGCCAGACACAGGAUACUUAUCUAAGAGACUCCGAGCAUGUCUACAGGAAGGGGACGAGAAUCCACGUGACUUCACCUCCCUCUACAACAUGUCCCUCUUUAACCUGUCCACAGACUCCCUCCCGAGCGUGAUCAGGGCUUACAAGCAGCUGAAUGUCAAACAUGAGCCCCUUCAGUUGAUUACGCCUCAGUUCGAAACGCCGCUUCCGCCCCUGCAGCCCGCAGUUUUCCAGCCAGCGUUUAGAGACCUGCCACCACCGAUGCUCGACCUUUUUGACCUGGACGAGACGUUUUCUUCGGAGAAAGUGCGACUUGCUCAGCUGUCAAACAAAUGCACCGACGACGACCUGGAGUUUUACGUGCGCAAAUGCGGAGACAUCUUAGGUGUCUCUGGGAAGCUAGAUAAAGAAAAGCAAGACGCCAAGCACUUCCUCGAACACAUCUUCUUUCAGGUGGUGGAGUUUAAAAAGCUGAAUCAGGAGCAUGACAUCGACACGUCACAGACGAGGUUUUCUCCUUGCUGAAGAAGGACGUUAGGGGACGGCAGAAGGCAGAACAGCAUCAGCAUCAGGACUGCUCUGGGAUCAGGAUCAUCAACAGAAUAUUUUCAACACUAAUUAGCAUUUACAGGUACCAUGUGUUAGUUUUGAAAAUGAUUUCUGUUUUCUUUCUGCUUGGAAAAUUGUAUUGUGAAUUUUUUUUUUUCUUUUUUGGAUUCAAACUAUUGCUGGAAUUGUAUUUAAUCGUUUAUUAUAUUUUUGUACACUUAUGUCCAAUAAUGCAAUGUUUACAGGAGAAAGAACGUGUAGUAGUAGACAAUGUGUAGACAAUCCAGCACACAUUAACAGGCAAUGAGACAGAAAUAUUAAUUUACUUGACCAGAAUUCCAGUCACGAGUAAAUAAUUUGUGAAAAUCA